AUGUCGACCUUCGACGGCAAGGUCAAGGAGUUCCCGGACGUCCGCAUCGACUCCUUUCGAAAUGAGCCCAACUCACGUCCGCCGCUGGCCUUCUUCCUGAGCCAUGUCCAUUCAGACCAUUUGCUUGGCCUUGAGACAUGCAAGUCGCCCUUCAUCUACUGUUCGCCCGGAACACGCGACAUCCUCCUGCGACUCGAGAAAUACCCGCAUCGCAUGAACUUCGCAAAAGGGAUCCUGGAAACCCGCAAGCAGACGUAUCGACAUCUGAAGAAGCUGCUAAAAGCCAUUCCGCUCGAGACACCAACCGUCAUUGAGCUGUCUCCAGGGAGCAAAAUCCGCGUCACUCUUUUCGAUGCCAACCACUGCGUUGGCGCCGUCAUGUUCCUGAUCGAAGGUGGCGGUAAAGCUGUGCUGUACACGGGAGACAUCCGGUCUGAGAAGUGGUGGGUGGAUUCCCUAACUCGGCAUCCUGCGCUCAUACCGUACGCCGCUUCGCCUGAUGGAGGUGCGAUCAAGACGCUCGAUUGUAUCUACCUCGAUACUACCUUCGUGGUUUCUGGACGAGAAGAUCCAUACUGUCACUUCCCGUCGAAAGCAGAGGGUAUCCGAGAGCUCUUGCAGAAGGUCUCUCAGUACCCGGAUGAUACCUUGUUCUACGUCGAAGCAUGGACUUUUGGCUACGAGGACGUCUGGCUGGCGCUGUCGAAAUUCCUAGGCUGUCAAGUCCACGUUGACGAGUAUCGCCACGGUCUCUACCGCGCUCUGGCAAAUGGGAUAGAGCCGAAAGCACCUGAAGCUGUCAAAAUGAUCGGCUUUGCUUGCGGCAAUCACUUUCAGCAAGGUUGUCUAGCCCAGCACUGGAACAGGAUACACAGUUGUGAGAAGGGCACGAGUUGCGAGGUCUGGAGCAAAGACUUCGUACGCAUCACACCGAUCGUGACUCGACAUAAUGGGGUCGAAAUGGCAGAGCUCGGCACCGGUGGCGGUCAAGGCGAUUUGGCUCAGCAGCAUGAGCUUGAGUUUCUAGAUCCCAGUUCAGUCGGCCAGCUGAUGGCACUAUGUGCAACCAAACUGCAAGGCCAGCCUCAGUUACUUGCCAGCGUCCUCAACCUCCUCGCAGGCGUAAUGAAGGAGGGCACUUACAGCAUCGACCUGGAAGACUUCAAACCCUACUGCGAGACGGAGCAAGCUGGCGGUGAGACACAGACUGACUUGGGGGACAUGUCACUCGAUAAUUUGGUAUCAACACUGGCUCGCCUUGUCACGAAGGCGAAGACUGGGACGGCAGAAAGCGUCAGGCAAAGCAAGGCCGCCACAAGACCUGUAUCAAGACGUCGAGCUGAUGGGCUGCCAACGCAGAUCACGUUCCCGUACUCUCGCCACGCUUCCUACAACGAGCUGUGUCUUCUCGUCGACGCCUUCAAACCUCGCGACAUCAACCCUUGCACUGUGGACGAAAAGCACUGGCGGCCACAAAGCUCUAUGGGUGCAUUGUUCGGGCACCUCUACAAUGACGUCCCGACAUUCACGCACGACGAUACCAUGUUCAAUAUGAGGCUGCCAAAUGAGCCGAUCAAGACAGAGCACACUAGACCAACUUCCCCCAGCGAUGGUUCGGAGCCCGACAUCGCAUUGAUGCAGCAGGCCAACGAUGGUGGAGGUGUCCCUGUGCUGGUGCGUCAACCAGCUGUUGAGCCAAUCGUCAUACCGAGCGAUGAUUCGCAGGGCGGAGAUCUCGGGGAGGAGCAUAUCCGCCAUGUCAGUGAUCGAGCACCUGCAGAGAACGACGAGCAACAGUACGGACUCGAGAAUAACAUGCAACCCGCCGCGACGCAAGUCUUUGGAUGGUCCAAUCGUGGCAGAUCAGAGACACCUACACAAACGCGCAAUGCAAGACGAGCGGAAAAGAAGAAACUGACAUUCCUGAAAGAGCAGAACCUGCUCCCGUCGCAGUCCACUUUGAAGGAUAUGCGCCAGUGGGAACAGAGCAACGGGGACUGGAUGGCCAGGAUACUGCCGAAAGAGAUUCUGGCACACAACAUUGACCCGCCCGCCAGAAAUACCGGUUCGAGGAGGAAUGCGGAUGGCACUGAUUCGGUCGAUCCAUCACGUCGAGAACAGGAGCAGCUUUGGUCUCACUCCACAGCAAAACUACCCGUUCAUCCGUCUCAGACCGACCUCUUCUGGCCGCUUGACAACGCGGCACGCUUUUUCGAGUCAAGGGAACAUCGCGAGCUACGCGAAGUCCCAUCCACUGCACCCACAGCCCGCAUUCAUCACAACGGGAACGACCAGCUGCCGUCUAAGUGGCCAAGUCUUACUGCCAUCGAGACUCGGUCGGUGUCACCACUUCGCAAUCGGUGGCUCAAACGGAUGGCAGACUGUCAGGCUUCGAAAGAUGACGAGCAACCUGCUGCAGUCGACAAGAAGCUGAAGCAAGACCUUGAGCCAGGUCGUGUCGUUCAUUCGACCCGGCCGGGUACUGCUCAACGCUCGAUGGAGAGGACGCCGGUCUCGAGUGGGAAUGCUAGGCCAAGCCGUCACAGCGUGUCGUUGCCCACCACCAUGGCGUUUCGCCUGGAAGCUGGAGACGCUGCUAAAGGUGUUGGCGGACUGAGCUGGUUCGACGUCGGCCUUGUCAGUGUAGGCGGACAUCAGACGAGAGAGGAGGAGUUGUAA